AUGAGGGUCCCGCUUGCCAGCCUGGCUCGCAGCCCUCGCCAUUCAACAUUCCUCCCUGGACACCCAGCUUACAGAGCUCCCCUACCCCAAAGAUGGUCUUCUUCAUUGUCCCGGAAGCCCGGAUCAGCAGGUGUACGUUUCCCCGGAGCAGUCGACAGCAAGUUCACCAAUGCUCUGCACUUCGAGCGUCCAGCAACAUACCCAGCAAUUCCCACAUAUCGUGCAUUGAGCCCUGAUGGCGACAUAAUCGAUUCUUCUUUCACACCACCUUCCGAUACUCUUGCUCUGUCAAUGUACGAAAACAUGCUUUCCAUCUCAAUAAUGGACCUGAUCAUGUUCGAUGCACAGCGACAAGGGAGACUAAGUUUCUACAUGACCAGUCAAGGCGAAGAAGGGACAUGCGUGGGCUCAGCAUCUGCUUUGGAAAAAGAGGAUGUAAUAUUUUGCCAAUACAGGGAGGCUGGUGUGUUUAUACAGAGGGGAUACACAUUUGAUAAUUUCAUGAGCCAGCUAUUUGCGAACAAGAAGGAUGCUGGGAAAGGGAGGAAUAUGCCCGUACAUUACGGAAGUGCUACUCUGAACAUUCAUACCAUUUCCUCUCCUCUGGCGACUCAGAUACCACAAGCAGCUGGUGCAGCAUAUGCCCUCAAAAUGCAACGGCUCACAGAUCCCAACACUCCUUCACGGAUAGUGGCCUGCUACUUCGGCGAAGGUGCAGCUAGUGAAGGAGACUUCCAUGCGGCUCUCAACAUUGCAGCCACACGGUCAUGUCCAGUUGUAUUUAUUUGCCGGAACAACGGGUACGCAAUCAGUACGCCGACGUUAGAGCAAUACCGUGGUGACGGUAUUGCGAGUCGAGGAACAGGCUAUGGAAUUGAUACUAUUCGUGUAGAUGGGAACGACAUCCUUGCCGUGCGGAAAGUGACCAAGAAGGCUCGCGAAAUGGCCUUGCAAGAUGGCGGUCGACCAGUCUUGAUUGAGGCAAUGUCCUACCGGAUUUCUCAUCACAGCACGAGCGAUGACUCGUUUGCCUACCGUGCGAAAGUCGAGGUUGAAGACUGGAAACGACGAGACAACCCAAUUACCAGAUUACGGAAAUACUUGGAGAAGAAAAGUCUCUGGAGCGAAGAGAAAGAGGCUGAGGCGAGAGGGAGACUUAGAAAAGAGUGCCUCAAGGCGUUUGCACAGGCUGAGAAGGAGAAAAAACCGCCACUGAGGUCUAUAUUUGAGGAUGUUUACGAGGAAAUGACUCCCGAAACGAAGGCACAGAUGGAGCAGUUGAGGGGCAUUAUCGAGCGGUAUCCGGAAGAGUAUGAUUGUAGUGAGUUUGAGGGAGGGAAGGAUACUCUCUCACCCUGA